AUGCUUCGCGCGAAGGUCAGAGCAUCUUGGCUAUCCGCCCAUCGUGUCACAAGACACAUGUACUCCACCCACUGCACCCCCCUCGCCCCCCACCUCCGGAUUCGCUGCCUCAAUGUCCUCUACCACGUCCUCCACCUGCUCGCCAACCACCUCUCCUCCGUGAACACCCAGCGCCUCGCGCUCAGGAAAGAGACUGCCCACACACCAUCGCUGGGCUCGUCGGGAACAUGGAGCUUAAUCGGCUUCGGCUUGGCCGCCCACGCCAUCCUCCACGACGUCCAGCUUCUCCUCAAUGCCCCCUGCGUCUCAUGCGGUACUCAAGCACUCGCCCUCGUCGUCCCGGCCAUCCCCAUCAGUGUAGGGCUCUCCCAGAGCCCGCAAGUUUCGCCCUUCCUGUGGGCAGGCGUCCAUCUCCCGCUUCCCUCGCGACCACACUCCAAGCCGGAAUCUCUGCUCCCCCACCACCUCCCAUCUGUCGACACUCAAGUAGAGAACAUCUUUAAGCCACAAGAGGCCGACCUCCUCCGCUUCAUUGUUCAGAAAGAGUCGAAACACCUCGAGCUCCACUCGCCGCUAGCUGCACACAAGCUCGCACAGCUCAAACGCCAGUGA